GUUGCCAUGGCAACACGCGUACACAGGCCGGCCGGGCGCGCGGGGUGCCGGGUGCGGGCUGGAGACUCCGCGGGAGCGCGGCCGGGAGGCCUCGCCCCGGAGCUGGCCCGACGCCUCCCGAGCUGGCAGGGCUCUCGGCGGAGGUCGGAGCGUGGGCUUCCUCCUCCCGCCAGGGAAAACAGAGAGGAUGAAGGCCUAUCUAAAGAGCGCAGAAGGCUUUUUUGUCCUAAAUAAAAGUACCACAAUUGGAAGGCAUGAAAAUUCAGACCUUGUUUUACAGUCUCCGGACAUCGACAACCACCAUGCACUCAUUGAAUAUAACGAGGCGGAGUGCAGCUUUGUUCUCCAGGACUUCAAUUCCCGCAACGGCACGUUUGUCAACGAGUGCCACAUUCAAAACGUGGCUGUGAAGCUCAUCCCUGGAGACAUCCUGAGAUUUGGGUCUGCAGGGCUGACCUAUGAACUGGUCAUUGAAAAUCCACCUCCGGUCUCCUUCCCAUGGAUGAGGGGCCCAGCACCAUGGCCAGGGCCACAGCCACCUCGUGCCACACAGCAGCCAAACCAGGCCCCCCCACUGUCACAUAUCCCCUUCCACCAAGGCGUCCAGCCAGCACCGAUGCAAAGGAGCUGGUCCCAGGCCUUUCCCAGACCCACCGUGGUCCUGCCGGCCUCCCACAGGAGGCCUGUGAGCGCCAACAAGGAGAUGUUCUCGUUCGUGGUGGACGACGCCCGCAAGCCCCCCGUCAUCAAGCAAGUGUGGACCAAUGCCAUGAAACUGUCGGAAAAAUCAGUGGCCGAGGGGAUUCCUGGGGCAGCUCCCCCCGCGGAGAUUUAUGUGGAGGAGGACUUGGCCCAGCAGGACAAGGAUGAAAUAAUUCUGCUGCUGGGAAAAGAGGUCAGCCGUCUCUCAGAUUAUGAAAUUGAAUCCAAAUACAAAGACGUCAUAAUAGCAAACCUGCAGAAUGAAGUGGCUGAGCUGAGUCAGAAAGUGUCAGAGACCACCACCUCCAGGCAGAAUGAGAAGGAGAUCUCGCAGAAGUGUCAGGUUCUGGAUGAAGUCAUCGAUGCCAAACAGAAAGAGAUCCAGAGCUUGAAAAGCCAGAUCAGUGCCCUACAGAAAGGCUACAGCCAGGUGCUGUGCCAGACCCUGUCAGAGCGGAACUCAGAAAUCACAUCCCUGAAGAAUGAGGGCGAGAACUUAAAGAGAGACAACGCUAUCACAUCAGGGAUGGUGUCAUCUUUGCAAAAAGACAUGUUAGCAAAGGAUGAGCAAGUUCAACAACUAAAGGAAGAGGUCAGUCACCUAAAAAGUCAGAACAAGGACAAGGACCACCAGCUGGAAGCCCUUGGCUCUAGAUGCUCGGUGCUAAAGGAAGAGUUAAAACAGGAAGAUGCUCACAGGGAGCUCAGGGAAGCCCAGGAGAAAGAGUUAAAACUCUGCAAAACCCAAAUCCAAGACAUGGAGAAAGAAAUGAAGAAGCUUAGGGCGGAGCUGAGGAAGAGUUGUACUGAACAAAGCGUGAUCUCUAGGACUCUGAGAGAAAAAAGCAAGGUUGAAGAGAAGCUUCAGGAGGAUUCCAGAAGGAAAUUGCUUCAGCUGCAAGAAAUGGGGAACAGAGAGAGCCUCAUUAAAAUCAAUUUGGAGAGGGCAGUAGGUCAGCUGGAGCACUUCAGAAGUCAAGUCAUCAAGGCCACCUAUGGACGGGCGAAGCCGUUCCCGGACAAGCCCAUCACCGACCAACAGUUAAUAGAGAAAAUUACCCAGGUCACUGAGGACAACAUCAAUUUUCAGCAGAAAAAGUGGACCCUCCAGAAAGAGACCCAGCUGAGCAACUCCAAGCAGGAGGAGACCACCGAGAACAUCGAGAAGCUGAGGACGUCGCUGGACAGCUGCCAGGCUUGCAUGAAAAUAUCCUGUUGCAGCCAUGACCUGAAGAAGGAGGUCGACCUUCUUCAGCACCUCCAGGUGAGCCCACCUGUCUCGGGGCUCCAGAAGGUGGUGCUGGACGUCCUGAGGCACGCGCUGUCCUGGCUGGAGGAAGUGGAGCAGCUCCUCCGGGACCUCGGGAUCCCGCCCUCCAGCCCCAACAAAGGGUUCUCUUUGUAUCUGAUAUAUCUUCUGCAACAUUAUAAAAAACUUAUGAGCCAGGCCCAGGAACUUCAGAUCAAGUUCAACAGUUGUCAGGAAACUCAGCAGUCUUUACUGCAAGAAAAGCUGCGGGAGCAUCUGGCAGAGAAGGAGAAGCUGAACGAGGAGAGGCUAGAGCAAGAGGGGAAGCUCAAAGCCAAAAUCAGGCAACUGACGGAAGAGAAGGCGGCUUUGGAGGAGUACAUUACUCAAGAGAGAAACAGAGCGAAAGAGACUUUAGAGGAAGAACGGAAGAGAAUGCAAGAACUGGAGAGCCUCCUGGCCCAGCAGAAGAAGGCUUUGGCGGAAAGCAUUACCCAGGAGAAGAACAGAGUGAAGGAAGCAUUAGAGGAAGAGCAGACAAGAGUCCAAGAGCUGGAGGAAUGCUUGGCCCGCCAGAAGGAGGUUUUGGAGAGCAGCAUAGCCUAUGAAAAAAGAAAAGCAAAGGAAGCCUUGGAGUCGGAAAAGAGAAAAGUUCAGGAUCUGGAGAACCAUUUAACCCAACAGAAGGAGAUCUCAGAGAGCAACAUUGCGUAUGAGAAACGCAAAGCAAAGGAGGCCAUGGAGAAGGAAAAGAAAAAGGUGCAAGACCUGGAGAAUCGCUUAACCAAGCAGAAAGAGGAAUUAGAAUUAAAAGAGCAAAAAGAGGACGUUUUAAAUAAUAAAUUAAGUGACGCACUGGCCAUGGUUGAAGAGACUCAGAAAACAAAGGCAACUGAAAGUCUAAAAGCAGAGAGCCUCGCCUUGAAAUUAAAUGAAACAUUAGCCGAACUGGAAACUACCAAGACAAAAAUGAUCAUGGUGGAAGAGCGGCUAAUCCUGCAGCAGAAGAUUGUAAAGGCCCUCCAGGAUGAGCAGGAAUCACAGAGACACGGGUUUGAAGAAGAGAUCAUGGAAUAUAAGGAGCAAAUCAAACAGCACGCCCAGACAAUUGUGAGCCUCGAAGAGAAACUCCAGAAAGUCACUCAGCACCAUAAAAGAAUAGAAGGCGAGAUUGCAACAUUGAAGGACAACGACCCAGCCCAAAAGGAGGAAAGGCCGCAAGACCCGGUGCCUCCCAUGACAGAGAGCAGUGCCAAAGACAUGGCGUACGAACAUCUGAUAGAUGACUUAUUGGCUGCUCAGAAGGAAAUUCUGUCUCAGCAGGAGGUCAUCAUGAAGUUAAGGAAAGACCUUACCGAAGCCCACAGCAGAAUGUCGGAUUUGAGAGGGGAGCUAAACGAGAAGCAGAAGAUGGAACUGGAGCGGAACGUGGUGCUGGUCCAGCAGCAGAGCAAGGAGCUGAGUGUGCUCAAGGAGAAGAUGGCCCAGAUGAGCAGCCUGGUAGAAAAGAAAGACCGGGAGCUGAAGGCCCUCGAGGAGGCACUCAGGGCUUCCCAAGAGAAACACAGACUCCAGCUGAACACAGAGAAGGAACAGGAGCCCCAGAAGAAGACCCAGACGUGUGACACCUCUGUGCAGAUAGAACCCGUCCACACUGAGGCCUUCUCCAGCAGCCAAGAGCAGCAAUCCUUCAGCGAUCUAGGGGUCAGGUGCAAAGGGUCCCGGCACGAGGAGGUCAUUCAGCGUCAGAAAAAGGCCUUAUCUGAACUUCGAGCGCGAAUUAAAGAACUCGAGAAGGCGCGCUUACCAGAUCAUAAAGACCACCAGAAUGAAUCAUUUCUAGAUUUAAAGAACCUCAGAAUGGAAAACAAUGUCCAGAAAAUACUACUGGAUGCAAAACCGGAUUUGCCAACUCUCUCAAGAAUAGAGAUCCUAGCGCCUCAGAAUGGCCUUUGCAACGCAAGUUUCGGCUCAGCCAUGGAGAAGUCAGGGAAGAUGGAUGUGGCUGAGGCUUUAGAGCUCAGUGAAAAGCUGUACCUGGAUAUGAGCAAAACCCUUGGAAGUCUCAUGAACAUCAAGAAUAUGUCAGGCCACGUGUCCAUGAAAUACCUCUCCCGCCAGGAGAGGGAGAAGGUCAACCAGCUUCGACAAAGGGACCUCGACCUGGUGUUUGAUAAGAUCACCCAACUCAAGAACCAGCUGGGGAGGAAAGAGGAGCUGUUGAGAGGAUAUGAAAAGGACGUUGAACAGCUCAGGCGGAGCAAAGUGUCCGUUGAGAUGUACCAGUCGCAGGUGGCAAAGCUGGAGGAUGAUAUCUACAAAGAGGCCGAAGAGAAGGCCCUGCUGAAGGAGGCCCUGGAGCGCAUGGAGCACCAGCUGUGCCAGGAGAAGAGGAUCAACAGGGCCGUCCGGCAGCAGAAGGAAAGUGUAAAGGAGCACGAACCGAGAAACGCAAAAGAAUCGACACUUUGCAACUGUGCCUUCAAAGAGAAAGACAGGCAGAGACGAGUAUUUGUAGAGAUGGUGAAGAACAGGAUGCAGAACUCAAAUUCCCAGGUUGGAACCAGAAAAGCCUCCCUAAAGAUGGACCAAGAAAGAGAGAUGCUGAGGAAAGAGACCUCCAGCAAGUCCAGCCAGAGCCUUUUGCAUUCUAAGCCCAGUGGAAAGUACUAGAGAAACCUUGUCCCACCAGGCCUCGUGUGAUCCUCUACCAGAAGCUGGAGCAGCCACCUUGGGGAUCAGCAGACACCAGCAGCAGGCCAAAGGAUAGUGGAGUGGAGGGAUAAGAAGGCCCGGGUGAGCCUUCUCUGAGAAUCACUGAGCUCUGAACCAUGAAUGAACUGCCUACCUCUGUACUUCCUGUUGUAUAGGACAAAUAAAUCCCUAUCUAUUUAAA